UUUUUAAAUCUUGCAGUAAAUCACAGAAUUUUAAACCUAUGGCAGACCUGCAUGCAGUUAGUGUGGUUUAUACAUAUGUAAUCUCAGUUGAGCAGAUGCUUUCUCUUUAAAUAUUGUGAAAUUCUGUAUUAGUUGGAGUUGGAGCAAUAAUGGAUGAGAAACUUCUUGAACCUGAGUGACUGUAAGAUUUAGAAAUCAUUAAUGUGAUAGAAACUAGGUAAAGGCUUUGUUUUUCCUGGUGCCUCUGCCAGUAAUUAGCCAUGAACUCUUGGAAAAGUCAGCCCUUCUCUUCUGUUUCUGGAAAAACAAUACAAUACUGGAUCUAGUAGUGGUAAGCUCCUAUCUCCUGAGGUGGUGGAGGUUCGUAAAACAUGAGGUGUCUUAGAGGCUUUGGGUAGUUCUUAACAUUAGCUUCAUUUCAUUGUUGUGAAAUAGCUGUCACCUUGGAUUUCAGAGUUUUUAGGACCAGCUGGAAUAACUGCUUUAUUAAACCUGGAGUGAAGGAGUAAGCCAGCUAGUGGGAAUGAGGUAAGCCUUCAGUGUAAGGCUUCCGUUCACCCAUGUUUUUUUCUGUGGGGCUUAUCCAAAGUGUAAGAUAGCACGAGCCUCAGUCAGAGCUGUAGUAAUAUCUAGGAGAUACUUGUGCAGUAAACCUCUGCAGGUUUCUAGUAACCUCUUUUGUUACUGUAGUAUUUGGACUUUAGUUUUCAUAGUCAUGUUUAGAUUGAUUUUGCCAGGGGUGUCCCAGAGCCUUAUUGUGGUUCACAGAUAGGCCAUCUUUUUACAUCAUUGACAAUGCGUAGUUGUAGGUCAGAGCCUGUUUGAGAAGCUCCACUGAUAACAGAAGCUUACAGAAACCAGGAAGGGAAAUCAGUGAUUUUGCUUGUUUUGUUUUUAUUUUUAAAGAUGGACAGAUGCGUAGUAAUUCCUUUUAAAAUCAUAAUUAAUGGCUGCUUAAAAUCCCUGAUCAGGCUGCUUUUUUUUAAAAUUGGAAAUGGGAUAAUAAUGGAAUUGUAUUUAGGUGAUAGUCAAUGUGAAGUCUAAAAGGAAUUUGAGUGGGGGUACAGAAUUGCUAUAGUUUCUGUUUACAUGUGACAACAGUAAUAUUUAUUUUACUUUUUACUUUUAGUAAUGAAUGUUAUAACUAUUGAAGAUUAUAAGAGCACAUACUGGCCAAAAUUGGAUGGUGCCAUAGAUCAGCUUUUAACCCAGAGUCCUGGUGACUAUAUCCCCAUAUCCUAUGAACAGAUAUACAGUUGUGUGUAUAAAUGUGUAUGCCAGCAGCACUCAGAACAGAUGUAUAGUGAUCUGAUUAAAAAGAUAACUAAUCACUUAGAGAGAGUCUCAAAGGAGCUGCAGGCCAGCCCUCCAGAUCUCUAUAUUGAAAGAUUUAAUAUAGCUCUUGGACAGUAUAUGGGAGCAUUGCAGAGCAUUGUGCCUCUUUUCAUUUAUAUGAAUAAGUUUUACAUCGAAACGAAGCUUAACAGAGACUUAAAAGAUGACCUUAUAAAGCUGUUUACGGAACAUGUUGCAGAAAAGCACAUUUACAGCCUAAUGCCUUUACUUUUAGAAGCCCAGUCAACACCAUUUCAGGUCACACCUUCAACUAUGGCAAAUAUCGUGAAAGGCCUGUAUACUCUCAGACCAGAGUGGGUUCAGAUGGCUCCAACUCUAUUUUCUAAAUUUAUUCCAAACAUUCUCCCUCCGGCGGUGGAAUCUGAACUUUCUGAAUACGCUGCUCAAGAUCAGAAACUUCAGAGAGAACUUAUACAGAAUGGUUUUAUGAGAGGUGACCAGUCCCGGAAGAGAGCUGGAGAUGAGUUGGCUUAUAACAGCUCCUCAGCAUGUGCGAGUUCCAGAGGCUACAGAUAGUGAAUGUGUUGAAUGUACUUUCCUUCCUGCCACAAGGACACACUGGAGCUGCAGAGACUGUAUUCCGAGCACAGUGGGUCCUGCACUCAGGCGCUGUCACAAAGCUGUUCUCGGAAGAGGAUGUCGGACUUCUUA